ACUCCAGCUCUGCCUCUCUCCAUUUAAUGCAGCAUCUACUGUCCCAGCUGAUAGGAAGAACUGAAACCAAAGAGCUGUGUGCGACUCGUAAUCCAUGCCAUUUAGGACGUACGUCGACAACAUCCAUAUCCUCUGCUUCUCAUCUGCACUGGAAAAAGCUGGAACCAUGGUUGUCGUGUGAAAACGGACCGGUGUGAUUCGGGAUUGUAAGCACGGACAGAGUAAAAAAAAAAGAAGCCUGUUUCAGGUGGCAUCUGGUGAAGCGCGUGUGUGUGUGUGUGUGUGGGUGUGUGAGUGAGAGUGAGAGUGAGUGUGUGUGUGUGUGUGUGUGUGUGUGUGUGUGUGUGUGUGUGUGUGCGCAGGCACACGUGUAGGCACGUGUGUUUAUCCAGGCCACUAAGUAUUGGGAGCAGAUUGUGACCUGAACACACCACAGAGUGACAAUGAGCGAGCUAGAACAGUUGCGGCAGGAAGCUGAGCAGCUACGCAAUCAGAUUCGGGAUGCCAGGAAAGCCUGUAGUGACUCCACUCUGUCACAGAUCACAGCUGGUUUGGACUCAGUGGGCCGGAUACAGAUGCGGACGCGACGCACUCUCAGGGGCCACCUGGCCAAGAUCUAUGCAAUGCACUGGGGAAGCGACUCCAGUGACGGCAGUCCCAGGUGUCUCGUGAGUGCCUCGCAAGAUGGAAAGCUAAUCAUCUGGGACAGCUACACAACAAAUAAGAUGCAUGCCAUCCCACUCCGCUCCUCCUGGGUAAUGACGUGCGCUUACGCCCCCUCUGGGAACUAUGUGGCCUGUGGAGGUCUGGACAACAUCUGCUCCAUAUACAGCCUGAAGACCCGGGAAGGCAAUGUACGCGUGACCCGGGAGCUACCUGGACACACAGGUUAUUUGUCCUGCUGUCGUUUCUUGGAUGACAACCAGAUACUGACCAGCUCUGGUGACACCACCUGUGCAUUGUGGGACAUAGAGACAGGCCAGCUGGCCACCACCUUUGCUGGCCACACAGGAGAUGUGAUGAGUUUGUCUCUAAGCCCUGAUUACAAGACCUUUGUGUCAGGAGCCUGUGACGCCACCUCCAAGUUGUGGGACAUCCGUGAUGGCAUGUGCAGGCAAUCCUUCACUGGCCAUGUGUCCGACAUCAACGCUGUCACUUUUUUCCCUAACGGGAAUGCCUUUGGCACAGGCUCAGAUGACGCCACCUGCAGGCUGUUUGACCUGCGUGCUGACCAGGAGCUGAUGAUGUACAGCCACGACAACAUUAUCUGUGGCAUCACUUCUGUGGCUUUCUCCAAGAGUGGUCGCCUGCUCCUGGCCGGCUAUGAUGACUUCAACUGCAACGUCUGGGACACUCUGAAAGGAGAGCGUGCAGGUGUGCUAGCAGGCCAUGACAACAGAGUCAGCUGUUUAGGAGUGACAGAAGACGGCAUGGCUGUGGCCACGGGCUCCUGGGACAGUUUCCUCCGGAUUUGGAACUAAAACAAACCACCUCCCUAUCAAACUCGAUCACUGCCUGCCGAACUCCUCCCUGCAAACAUACCCAACCCAUCCCGACUCAUCUGCUGGGCUGGAGCUGAGGGGUGCACACUGUGUCAGCCAAAAUCCUCUUAAUUCACCCCCAGUUCUCCUCUCCUCUGCCCAUCUGUGAGAAAGUAUUGACUCUUUCUACCUUUAUAAGUGUUUUGGGUUUGUUUUUUUUUGUCCAUGCAGCGACGCACAGCAACAAAACUUAAGAACUUAAAUUAAAGUUGUCCAAUCAAACAAAAUUUUAUGAAAAACUGAAGGAAGAAAUAUAGAUCUGUUACCAUGACCAACAACAAAUGAGAUGACCAUCAGUAUGUCAGUAUGUAAUGUGUGUAUAUAUAAAGACAGUAUAUAUGUAUAGCAUUAUGUGUGUAUAUAUGCAUCAUAUAUGCAUAUAUAAUCUGUAUGUAUAUGUUUUUGUAGUUUUAUUUCCCACCCUUUUAGUUUUUUUUAAUAUAUAUAUAAAUUUCUUGGGGGGGGUUAUGUUUUAUUUCAAAUGUACAUAUUCCCAUUACUAUACAACAAAAUGCCAGAAACGUGAAUUUUGUCCCAUGUGAGUAUCAGACAAGUUACAUUUAGUUACAACGGAUCAUUAUUGAACUUUAAUCCAGCGACAAAAGAAGCAUAUGGCAAGUAAAAGAAACAAUUAAAAACAACUAUGAUUUGGCUUUUCUAAACUUUGCUUUCUUCAUUUAUAUAAGUGUAUUGUGGUAAAGGGAAGUGGGAAUAAUUCUAAAUGUUGCUUUCCUGUGAAUGACGACUGGCAUAUUGUUUCUUGUUCUUUUUUAACAACAUGGCCCCUCGCAUUUUGAAAAGUAGUUGUCACACUUAAGAGUGAGAGAGAGGAUGUAAAACCAACAAGUUGUUUUCUCAAGGUUUUUUUGGUUUCUGAAUUCAGCUUUAGCUUCAAAGUAGUUCCUGCUUCAGCCUUGACUCAAGUUGAUCGUGAUCUUAUCGAUAUUGGACAUUGAAUAUCUGAGGACCACGGCUGUUACAUGCAAGUAGCUGUGAGUAAAGAAUUACAUCCCCGUUAUUCUCCCUAAACGUCCUCUGCAUCUAAGCAGCCCUCCAGUUUCAUCUGGCCUGCAGAAUCUACACGUUUCUCUAAAGUUGAGAUGUGCUUCUCAAGUUCCCCAUAUAAAUGAUACUGGUGGAGAGAAUGGCAUCGUGCAGAGAAAGACGUAUUCUUCCUUGAGCCAAAGCUGUUUUCUACCUGUGAGCCUGUGACAGUAAGGCCUGUGAGGACAAAUAUAAGAGUGGUCAUUUGUUAUGGGAGGAAAUGAAAGGACCAUAAAGGACAGCAUUGACUUGGUCCACAGCUUUUGAGGACUAGAGAAAAGAAGACGAGAAGGAGAUGUAUGUGUCAGAGCUCACUUUUUUAUUUUCUUUCUGAUUUACUUAAUGAAGGAUCAGCGAGUCCUUUUUGUUGUCAACACGGUGAGAUCUGCGUGACUGCAUGGAACUGGUGUCAUGUUAGCCACUCCCAAAUCACAUCAGUGCCACAUGCCUGUAAAAAAAAAAAAGGAAACAAACAAAAAUAGAUAAGUGUUAAUCACACUCAGUAGUUCACUUGACAGAAAUAGCUAGACGUGCACUCGCAAACACUAGUUCAAAUGUAAGUUGGUAUUUCUGGCUUUAAGUAUUUUCUCACAGGCAUCUUUCAGUAUUUUAGUUAUUCUAAAUGUGUGUGAGUUGGACCUAUCCAUCAGCUGUCUCAGGUGCCUACCUUUUUAAAUAUAAACAUUUGCCAACAUGCUUUGGAUAAAGAACCGUUCAUGCUCUUUCAAGAUGUGGCACUUUUGUGUCUCCAUUCUGCCUUACAAUGCCAUACAUAACAAGAAGUUAAUACUAGCAUGGACAACAGUAAUGUUCUCCUGCUGCUAUUCCUUUUUACACGCUGAUCAAUAAGAAUGAUGAAAAAAUGCUGUUUUCUUUCCUUUACACCAUAGAAGCACAUUCUGAUACUAGUGAACACUAAAAAGCAUGCUUACAGUAAACCACCAUGGCCACAUGCAGCUCCAUACUGCUCCUUAUAGCAAGUGUUUUACAUCACUUUUUAUACAAUUCUGUUUUCUACUACUACCAUACAGUUUGUAGUAUUUAUUAAGGUUCAAUCAGCUGUCAGUGAAAGCCCUGUCUGGCAUAACAUGAUUUCUUGUGAUUUUAGAAGGUUUUAGCUGCUUAUACUUUGCUUCGCAUUAAAGACUCCAUUUUGAGAGAAUUCAAAAUAACAGGUUUUGUUUUUUAGCCUGAGAGUAUAUUUGAGAUGUGUAGGGUGAGAUGUGAAUUACAUAUCCUAAUUGAGGUGUAUGUGUGUGUGUGUGUAUGUUGGGGAAGAGGAGGGAAGACUAGGGUAGGUAGGGGGUUGAUUUGAUUUGUGGAUAACAUAUAGAUCUAAGUGUUACUUCCUCAUUUGUGCCAAUGUUAUCCACAGACCCUGAGCUGUGAACUAGUCAUUGUGACAAAAAGAAAAAAAAAAAAAACAGAAAACAUGUUAGCUCACUUUACACAAGUGCCAGCCUUUCUCCAUGUCUAUCAUUCAAGGUCAUGUGUGGGAUUUUAUACACAGUCUGUCUGUCAUACAGGUAAACUGCUUAUGUCUCAACAUGUUUUUCUACCCCAAAUGUUAUUGAGCUUAUCACACUCACGUUUCUAUUUUAAGACACUGGAUAUCAGAUGUUCAUGUGUCCCUAGAUCUAGUGACACAGUGACAGACUUACAGUUUAUAUUUAAAGGAAUAGUUUGACAUUUUGGGAGCUGUUCACUUUCUGGCUGUUGGGUGAUUCCCAUACCAUUGUUGUGUUAAAACUGUUGGAUACUAAGCUUCCAUGAUUGAGGUCUUCAUUUGUUCUCAUUCGUUUUUUGAGAUGUAUGAUUUUUGGCCCAUAUUUUUGUUUAUAUGAAAACCAAGUAAAAGCCAUGUGGUGCUACAGUGGCUAUCAUUGUUGCCUCACAGCAAGAACAUCACUGAUUAGGAUUCAGGUUCGACUGAGGGCCUCUCUGCUGUUUUGGCAUGUUCUCAUGUGCGUGUGGGAUCUCUCUGGGUACUCAAAAACAUGCAGACGUUAAUUGGAAACUCUAAACUGACCAUAGGUGUGAGAGUGUCUCUGUAUCUUUGCCCUGUGAUGGACUGGCAAUCUGUCCAGAGCCUGCUUUUGCCCCCCACUACCCUCAUGUGGGGAAUAAAGUGGUAGAGAAUGAAUGAAUGAAUGAAUGAAAACCAAGUACUCUAUGUCACAGUAAGCUCUUUCUGUAGCGUACCCAUGAGAGAACCAUCACAUAAUUACUUUGGUAUUGUAGAAAACAUAUUAAAAGGUCUAGUGUGUAAGAAAUGGAGGACUCCCACACUCACUCCCUCAGUUGCAAAGAAAUGUUGUGGCCUUAUGCUGUAGAAACCUGGAGGUGCAAGAUGGUGGCCCUUGCCCUAAGUAUUCCUAAAAUUGCCCAGGCGAUUCUAAGACUAAACCCCCCGAAUUAUUUUAAAGUGAGUUAUAGUUGGUUUCUGCCAAUAAACCCUCCUAAACUUACACAGUGGAUCUUUAAUGGAGGGGAAUUAUUGGGAACUUGACUUGACUGUGCUGCCACUCCUGUCUGCCAAGAGACUUAUGGAAUGUAGCCCAGACUCCAUGAACUACAAAAAACGUAGCUCACGCUUUAUGAAAACCUAUCAUAAAAAUAUGUUUUAAAAACUAAAUUAAAGAGUAAAAAAACCACAAGCAGCAGCCUUGUCUUAGCUAGGAACUCCAGUUGGUUGCCUGGAAACUGGACCAGAACAUACAGUUCUCCAACUUCUUGUUCAGUAUUGAACAAACCGACAUAGCUACAUUUGUCAUUAGUUAGUUUACAGGCAUUUUAUCAGCAGUUUUUGUUUGUACUUACAAAAAGUUAAUCUAUAGCUGUUUGUUUCAUUUUCUGACUUUGUGCUAAGCUAAGCUAAACUAAGCUAAGCUAGUCUGCAGUAAGUAUGGUCAACAGAGACAAAAGUCACCUGAAAUUACAUCUCCACCAGAAAGUGAAUCAUUUAUUUCCCUUUAUCUCAAACCAUCCCAACCCCAUCUUCACUUACAUAUUCUGUGAACUUUUAAAAACAAAAGCACCAUAGUCCUUACCAGGUAAAAACGUGAUAUUCAGCAGGCGGCCAUUUCCUCACAGUGUGUGUAAUUCAGCAGUAUUAGCAGCUGGAACCUGGAAUAGCAAGUUAACACUUUGUGCCUGUGCAGUUCACUCAUAAACAGAGGUGCUUUGCUUCAUUCAUUAGCACAAUCGUCUUGUAUUUAUUCCCACCCCCCUCCCAAUGGUUCAGUCCCAUUACUUGUCACCUGCUUGUCUGUCAACACCUGAUGCUUGAAGGUCUGAAGUGUCAGGACUUUAUUUUAAUCCUUGAGUUAACAUCUAACUUUAAAGAUUAAAUGUAAAACCUGUGCAGCAUAGUCGGGCAAUGAUUGAUGAUGAUGAUGAUGAUGAUGAUACACUUCAUGAUCUUAACUGAAUUUACAAAAAAUGUUUUACACACUAAAGGGGAGGGGGGAUCGUCACCAUUUGAAUUGGUUGUAUCACACAUAACCACCACCACCACAACAUCCUCACAAAUAUAAUGCACUGCCCCUUGACUCUACAACCUACUGUUCUGACAUUUAAAUUUUUUUUUUUUUGGUUUUAUUUAUUGUUAUAUGUAAGCCAGUAAAGACCAGGGACUCGGUGCCAUGAUAAUUCUCUUACAGUGCUAUCGUGUGAAAUUAUAAUCACUUGUUAUGGAAUAAUUUUUAUAGUCUUUUUCACACCAGACCUUUUUUUUGUAUUUGUACAGUGGCUUGGUUAUACUGAUAUGUUGCCAUGAGUUAUUGUAACCAAUAAAAAAAAAGCUUUUAACCAAGA